UCUCAAACUCAAAAUAAUUUUACAAUAAUUCGAAUCAGUCUGCAACAGAUAUCGUUCAAUUGAUUUGUACAAGAAACAGUACUCACAAUGUCUAAUCUGCCUACUACUUUUGACAAGCCCGUCCUACUCGGUGUCAUCGGAGGAACUGGUCUCUACCAGCUCGACUCCCUCACUCCUGUUGCCAGACUCACCGUCAGCACUCCCUGGGGCCAUCCCUCUUCGCCAAUCACCAUUUCCCUGACAAAGUCUGGCUUUCCCAUUGCCUUCCUUGCCCGUCAUGGUGUGCACCAUCAGUUCAAUCCCUCUGAGGUUCCUUCGCGUGCCAACAUCGCUGCCCUGAAGAGUAUCGGAGUCAAGGCGAUUAUCGCCUUCUCAGCAGUCGGUAGUCUGCAGGAGCACAUUCACCCGAGAGACUUUGUGCUUCCCACCCAGAUCAUUGACCGUACCAAGGGUAUCCGCCCGUCGACGUUCUUUGAGAACGGCAUGGUUGGCCACGUCGGAUUCGGUGAUCCCUUUGAUGCGAAGCUUGCUGCUGUCAUUGCUAAAGCCGCGCCCGUGCUGGAGAAGAACGGGUCGCAAUUGCACACCAAGGCUUCAACUGGUGGAGAUCUCACUUUGAUCUGCAUGGAGGGUCCUGCCUUCAGCACCCGUGCUGAAAGUAACAUGUACCGCAGCUUUGGUGGAUCUGUUAUCAACAUGUCUGCCAUUCCCGAGGCAAAGUUGGCUAAGGAAGCCGAGAUAUGCUACCAGAUGAUUUGCAUGUCAACCGACUACGACGCCUGGAGAGAAGGCGAGGAAGCUGUCACCGUCGAGACAGUCGUCAGUCACCUGAAGGCCAACUCUGCCAACGCUCAUGCGUUUACUGAGGCCAUUCUCGAGCACCUCGAGGGCGAGAUCGUUGCCGGUACUGUUGGUCGCGAUCUCGAGGGCUCGAUGAGAUUCGCGGUUUCGACUGCGCCCAACGCUGUGGCGAGGGAGAUGCUUCAGAAGAUGCACUUCUUGCUCCCUGGAUACUGGCCUUUGGACUGAAUGGUUGUUUAGCAAUAGCCUGUCGUAUACCUUUCUUAUGUUCAAUAGAAGUAGAAAUAAAUUGCCAACAGCACAUGCCAUUAUAUAAUAUGAGGGCU